AAUGCGAAAAGGACUAGUAUAAAGUUUUCUCAUCGUGGUCUUCUAAGCCAAUCUUCGUCUGUUCUGCUCUGGUUGCUUCGGAUUUGGGGAGGAAGAUCGAGCAGGACGAUGAGCUACUACAACCAACAGCCUCCCGUCGGCGUCCCUCCUGCUCAAGGUUAUCCGCCGGAGGGGUACCCCAAGGACGCAUACCCUCCGCCGGGAUACCCGCCGCAAGGCUAUCCUCCUGCGGGAUAUCCGCAGCAGGGAUAUCCGCCAGCAGGGUAUCCCCAGCAGGGAUAUCCGCCGCCCUACGCCCAGCAGCCGCCGCCGCGCCAGCAGCAGAGUAGUGGACCUUCCUUCGCCGAGGGAUGCUUGGCUGCGCUUUGCUGCUGCUGCCUUCUGGAGGCUUGCUUCUGAGAGUGGAUAAGAACUGUCUCCUAUAUCAUAUGAAUUUGAGGAUGGCAUUGAUCCUGUCAACUAAAGAUUCCUGAGCAAAAUUAUCAUGUAAACAUUGAUCUGUCUUUCUUUUUCAUGUAAUAGUUAGAAACUUAACUUUGGUGUGUUUUGGUGGUUUUGCAUUUGGAUUAUACUAUCGUCAUGAUUUCUCAUUAUCGAAUAAAAAUGAACCAUUUGAUGGUAGUA